AUGGAGAUGACUUUUUCCCUCAGAAGAAAAGAGAUUGUGAUGGAAGAGCCUCUUGUCUUGGAUGUCCAGAGACAAUGGCCCGCAUUGUUUUUGCCUGAACAGAUUUCUGCUGAAUUUUUCCGGAUCACACAAACCCACCUGAUGAACCGAUUCUUCUCAUCUUUGGAUGAGUAUGCGCCUAAGAUUAUCAGGUUGUACAGGGCACGUGCUGCGCUGUGGGGAAAAGAUAUGAAGACCCUGUUGGAGAAUCUUGACGAUCAGGUGACUAUCCUUUGA